CGAUCCGUAAAGACUACUCCAAAAUUUAGUCCGUUCGGCUCAGUUACCGGGCGGCCGCACAUAGGAUACCAACUUUUAUUUAAAACUCCACAUAUCUUAACUUUUCUUUUCCAUGUUUCGUAGUAGUUAAUGUAAUCUGUUGUCUACGAUGAAGUGGGGAGCAGCUGAUUUGGGGGUGACAUGGACAUUUUUCUCUCUGUUGUUCAACUUUUCUGUCACCAACGGACAAAAUCCGCCAAACUACAACCUUUUCCAAGGAGCUGCGUACCAGGGCUCAAGACACCGACAGUCACAGAGGAAUAGGAACUGGUGUGCGUAUGUGGUCCAUAAGAACGUGAGCUGUACCGUCCAGGGGAAUGUGGAGAGCUUUGUGGAGCCUGAGGUGGCACCGUGCCCAAAACAUGACCCGGACUGUGAGCAACAAGUGAUGUAUCGGACGCGGUUCCGGCCAGCCUAUAAGAUCGCCUAUAAGACGGUGACAGACCUGGAGUGGAGGUGUUGCCCUAGUUACCAGGGACCAGACUGCUCUGAGCUGAAGGCUGCUCCUAACAGACAGACGGUACCAGCAGGGUCACAGCCUUACCAGAACCAGUACCCUAACAGACAGACGGUACCAGCAGGGUCACAACCUCACCAGAACCAGUACCCUAACAGACAGACAGUGCCAGCAGGGUCACAGCCACACCAGACCCAAAACUCUGGGGCAGCACCACACUACCCCCAGACCAGAUCCAUCCCUGAACAGACCAGACACACACAGAGGCCAGAGAGGAGGGAGACGGGGGUGUAUGAGGGGAGGCAUGGGGGUGGAGGAGCAGACAGAGACAGGGUGCGUCUCCUGGAGGGGGAGGUGCAGCGCCUCUCCCAAACAGUGGGGGCGCUGCAGGCUGCGGUGACUGGGCUGAGCUCCACUCUGAGGACUGACCUGCAGGAGGACACCUCCAAGAUGCUGGUCACCCUGCUCAACAACCUCCGCCCUCUGACCCCCGACAGUGCCCACGUCCCCGACAUAGAGCAGGCCGCAGUACCGCCGGACAACCACCAGGGGUCAGUGAUCGACGGGCACCAGGCCACCAGGGGGCCUGUCCUGGACAGGGGGCUGGAGAAGGUCCUGGCCAGGUUGGAUGAUGUCAACACCUCUCUGAAGAGUAAAGAGGAGGCUCUGGAGGAGCUGAGAGGAACCGUGACCUCACACAGCGGUCAUAUCCGCCUGCUGCUGGAUGCCUCUCAGACACAGCAAGGCCCUGACCCUAACCCUGUGGGGGAUGGAGCCCCCGCUGACCUGGAGGAGCUACUAGAGAAAUACAUGGACAGGCAGCUGGGCUCCCUGAGGAAGAACAUGGAGGACAGCAUGGAGAGAAUGAUGGAGGAGAGGAUGGGGAAGGAGGUGGAGAAGCUGCAGAGCUCCUGUGAUGGAAGGAUCCAGUCGAUGGAGAGGAGGUGUGAGGAGGAGCGGGAGAGAGGACUGCUCAGUCUGACUGAAAUGGUGGACAAGGAGGAGCAGCUAAAGGAGGAGAUCAGGGAGUUGAGACUGGACAUCACCGCCUCUGACCAGCCCGGACGGACACUCAGACAGACUGACCCCAAACCUAAUGUUAGACAGACUGAUCCCAAACCUAGCCUUAGACAAACUGUCCCUGCAAGACAGACCGACCUGGCUAGACAGGAUAACCAGCCACCAGGUAUCCUACCAGCUGUCCAGCGUGGUGACCUAUCUGACCUGUGGAGGGAGCUGGAGCGUGUUGCGGAGGCCCAUCGCAUCCUGAAUGCCCGAAUGGACAACGAAAUGCAGUACCUGUCCCCUCCACAGGGGGAGCUAGAGGGAAAGGGGUUAGCGCUAGAGGGGGAGGGGUUAGGACUAGAGGGAGAGGUGGGGUCUCGGCUGGAUGAGUUGGAGGCGCGUCUGAAUGUGACAGAGCAGAACGCGGAGGUCCACUGUUUCUACGUGGAGGAGAAGCUGACCCGGGCACUAGCCGAGCAGGGGGCGGAGCUACGACAGCUGCUGGAGGAACGAGUAAACGCACUGGAGGACCAGUUUACCACCAUGCUGGUCGAGAUGAACAACGGGUCAUAUCCUGUUGAAGAAGGAGGGAGCGUGGACCCUCAGGCUGAGCUGAACAACAACAAGGUUCUUCUGCAGGGUCUGGAUGACAAGGUGACCGCUGUGGCUGAGCUCUGUGCUACCAGCUGUGGUGGAGGACCUAAUACUGGGGGCUUUACCAACACCAACCCUGGAGCGUCCUCCCACCCUGUAGUUCUGGACAGUGUGGUGAAGGACCUGAAGCUCUGUCGUAACGACCUGGAUAUCCUCCACACGGAUGUGACGGCCAACUCUGACAAACUGAGCGAGCUGGAGGAGAUUAUAGACAGGCAAAUGGCGGGGCAGCAGCGGAGCAUUAAGACGGUGGAAGACCUCCAGAGGGGGAUGGUGAUCCUGCAGGACAACAUGGGGGGUCUGGGGGUGGCAGUUACGGGGCUGGGGGACUCUCUGAGCAAGUACACCCAGGACCUCAACAGCAUUAACACCACCUACAACACCUGCUGCCAGGUUGGGGCUGGAGCAAGGGCCGGGUCAGGGGGAGGGUUAGCCAGGAUCCAGAGUGUGUCUGAGGGUGUAAUGGUCCCCAGAGAAGAGGGGGAGGGCAGCAGCAGCAGCCAGGUGGAGGAGCUGAGAACCAAACUGGACAGCCUCACUAACCAGGUGCAUACAGAGCUCCAGCGUUGCUCUGGUGUGUCUGGGGUGGAGGGUCGUGUCCAGCGUCUGGAAAAGGUGUGUGUUCAGCUGGACGGGGUGUCGGCCGGCGUGCAGGGGGUGAAGGAGGGGUUGGAGAAGCACGUUGCUGGGCUUUGGCACCACGUCAGCCGGGUCAACACCAUGCUGGACAGACAGGCUACUGACAUCACCACACUACAGACCUCCCUAAAGACACUACAGACCAGGAGCACUGACACCACCGCCAGGGAGACAGAUGAACCAGUGAGACCUGGUUCUGUACCAGACCAGACCAGACCCAGGGUUAACCAGAUCUACAUCCCCCACAGGACCCCCCUGACUCGCCCCUCCAGACCCCCAGGCAACCCUACAACCCCAGACAGCCAGCCAGUCCACGCCAGCCUACCAACCCUCUACAGCCCAACACCCACCGCCAACCUAAACAACCAACUCUGUACCUGGUGCCACAUCAGCCCAACCAUCCUAACCAGCCAGGCCAGCCCACUGUCAUUCUCGUACCCCAUCCUAACCAACCAGGCAAUCAUAACCAACCCAUCUUAA